AUGAACCGCCAGCUUUUCCGCUCCAACAGCCAUCCGCCAGGUGCAUUCAUGAGCGGAUAUCCUGCUGGUGUGGCUUAUGGUAGUUUCCAACAAAACUCCUCCUAUCAGACAUCAGCACCACGGAACGUAGCAUCAGGCAACUGGCGAGGAUCUCAGCCGUCUGUCGAUGGCCAAGUCUCCCGUCUUCCUGGAGCCAACACAUAUCCUCCCAUGGGUUAUCCCUCUCAAGCACCCUCGCAAUUUUCCUCGGUCAACAACAAUGGCGGGCCAGUGAGCAUCUCCGACUGUCUCAAUGGCUUCGCGUAUUGCUUAAAGCGAUCUAAUGGUCGAUACACCAGACUGAUCCCGGCAGACAUGCUCCCAGCCCUGAACGAGCUCCCAGCAAGUCAGAUCAGUGCCCAGGGCAUGGUCCUUCUGCCUGACCUGAACAUGAAUCCGCCUCAGGGGAUUAUCGGCAUGAACCAACCUGUAACGUUUAAGAACAAGAUUGACCAUAUAGUCGCGAAAACCUCGCCUGCUCAGCAGCGCCCAACCAAGAUCUACUGCGACAAAUGGAUCCACGAUGGAACAUGCGCGUUUACCCAGCAAGGAUGCAAGUACAAACACGAGAUGCCCUUGGACAAGGCCACACAACAGUCUCUUGGGCUGUUCCAUGGCUUUCCAAAGUGGUGGAGAGACCAUCAAGAACAGCUGCAAAAGCAGCACAACAAGAACUCGUCUACUACACGCAGCCAACCUGUCCUCCAAAUAGAUUGGCGAGGUGACAGUGACGAGGAUACGGACAACGCCAUUGCGAUUCAAGCCCCGAUUGGCGCAGAGAGACUCCAGCCGCCUUUAAAGGGUGACAGCCUCUCUCAAACCCACGAGGGUAUGUCCACCAUUGUUGAAGAGCGCCCGAGAACAGGGUCAGAGACAGACUGUGCUGUUAGCCCCUCGACAGUCCAGGGUCGGCACGGGUCGUCAUCGCGAUCCUCUACUGGCUCGCUUGAUCAUGCUUAUAAUAACCGCUAG